GUGCCCUCUUCCGAUUGGGCCCUUUAUCCCCUGAAGCUGAUGCAGCCAAGUGGCAGCACCUGGUCACAGAGGGCAGCACUCAUAUGGACAUGUUUGAACACAUCAGCCUCAUGACCCUGGACAGUCUGCAGAAAUGCGUCUUCAGUUUCGGCAGCAAUUGCCAGGAGAAGCCCAGUGAAUAUAUUGCUGUCAUCUUGGAGCUCAGUGCCCUAGUGGCAAAGCGGCACCAGCGGAUCUUCCUGCACAUAGACCUCCUGUACUACCUUACCCCCGAUGGGCGGUGCUUCCGCAGGGCCUGCCGCCUGGUUCACGGCUUCACAGAUGCUCUUAUCCGGGAGUGACGGCAUACCCUCCCCAGUCACAUUGAUGACUUCCUCAAGGCCAAGGCUAAGGCCAAGACCUUGGACUUCAUUGAUGUGCUCCUGCUGACCAAG